CGCUCCCUUGCCGCAUCCCUCACACUCGCGCGCACCCCGAGCCCGACACUGACACACACACACACACGUUUUGGAUCAGAGGCAGCUGUUUCUCCAGCGCCCCUGAGCCGGCUCCGCUCGCCGCCGCUCGCCGGGGCUUUCCGCCGCCACGGGGCGUCCUCCGCCCGCAGCGCUGCAGGCUCGCGCGGCCGGGCUCGCGCUCUGCCCGGGACAGGGGUGGGGGCUGCGCGGCGCCGGCCGAGGGGGAAGGGGCCGCGCCGCGCCCCGGCAGCUCCGCACCGCCAGCAGAUCUUGGUCACUGAACUUGAAGCAAUCUUUGGAUACAUGCUUCUACAAACUUGGUGAAGAUAUACUACAAACAGGACUGGCCAUGAGAAUUUUUUAUCUUCCUUCAGAAGUACGCUAAUGGGGCUGCUGAUAAGCAAUCUGCUUUUGUAAAGCGCUUAAUGAACUGUGUGUGGACUCUGCAUUCAAUGACAGACAUAUUCUCCCAUCGCAAGAUGUUAUUAAUACAGUAGUGGAUACGUUCCUACUUGAAGUCAGUCAACGACAAAAGGAACCAGUUUAAACGAUGGCUGCAGCUGCUGAUGGUUUGGGAAGUACAACUAUAGAUACCACACAACUUAAUAUGUCAGUCACUGAUCCAACAGCUUGGGCUACUGCUAUGAAUAACCUCGGGAUGGUUCCAGUAGGAUUAGCUGGACAACAGCUUGUGACGGAUUCAAUCUGUGUACCAGGCUUUGAUCCAAGCCUCAGCAUGAUGACUGGAAUAACUCCAAUUAACCCGAUGAUACCAGGCAUGGGGUUAGUGCCGCCGCCGCCAACAGAUGUGCCUGUAGUCAAAGAAAUAAUUCACUGCAAAAGCUGUACACUCUUCCCUCCAAACCCAAAUCUUCCACCACCUUCCACAAGAGAGAGACCUCCUGGGUGUAAGACUGUGUUUGUUGGAGGUUUACCAGAAAAUGCUACUGAGGAAAUUAUUCAAGAAGUCUUUGAGCAGUGUGGAGAUAUUACAGCUAUUCGGAAAAGCAAGAAGAAUUUUUGUCACAUUCGUUUUGCAGAGGAGUUCAUGGUUGAUAAAGCCAUUUACCUUUCUGGUUACCGCAUGAGAUUAGGAUCUAGCACAGACAAAAAGGAUUCAGGUCGCCUUCAUGUUGAUUUCGCUCAGGCAAGAGAUGACUUUUAUGAAUGGGAAUGCAAACAAAGAAUGCUGGCCAGAGAAGAACGUCAUAGGCGUAAAAUGGAAGAAGACAGACUACGACCUCCCUCUCCUCCGGCAAUAAUGCAUUAUUCUGAACACGAAGCUACUUUGCUGGCUGAAAAAUUGAAAGAUGACAGCAAAUUUUCAGAGGCCAUCACAGUGCUGCUUACCUGGAUUGAGCGAGGCGAGGUGAAUCGUCGCUCUGCAAAUCAAUUCUAUUCAAUGGUGCAGUCAGCAAAUAGUCACGUUCGCCGACUUAUGAAUGAGAAAGCCACUCAUGAACAAGAAAUGGAACAAGCCAAGGAGAGUUUUAAAAAUGCCUUAACAGGGAUCCUCACUCAAUUUGAGCAGAUUGUGGCCGUUUUCAACGCUUCUACCAGACAAAAAGCUUGGGACCAUUUCUCGAAAGCUCAGCGAAAGAACAUAGACAUUUGGCGAAAGCAUUCUGAGGAGCUCCGGAAUGCUCACAGCGAACAGCUCAUGGGGAUCCGCCGUGAAGAGGAGAUGGAAAUGUCUGAUGACGACAGCGGUGACAAUCCCAGUAAAAAGCUGAGAGUAGAUGAAUCAGCUCUAACAGCCCAAGCUUAUGCACUGAAGGAAGAGAAUGACAGCCUCCGAUGGCAGCUGGAUGCUUACAGAAAUGAAGUGGAGCUUCUAAAACAAGAGAAAGGACAACUCUUUCGGACCGAAGAAAGUCUCACAAAGGACCAACAGUUGAAAUUCCUGCAGCAGACAAUGCAAGGCAUGCAGCAGCAAUUGCUGAGUAUACAGGAAGAAUUAAAUAACAAAAAAUCUGAACUGGAGCAAGCAAAAGAAGAACAAACACAUACACAAGCCAGGCUUAAAGUUCUUCAGGAGCAGAUACCAGUGAUGUGUGAAUGAUUUCUAUCUGAAAACAAAUGAAUUUUGGGAGAGUUCAAUAUACCAGCAAAGCAAACAUAUUUCAAAAAAGCCAGCCAUUUCUUUUAAGACUAGUAGUGGGGAAAAUGAGUUUAGCAUCUCCUGUAUUAUUCAUGCAGACACAUGUAUACAAAGGACUGAAUCAUGAUGACAUAAAAAAAAAUCUCCAGUGCAUCAGUGCACUUAUCUAACUGUGGUGAGAAGCAAACCUUUUAUAUACUCUGCAAAUCUGAUCGUUUCAUUUUUGCUUUCAUUGAUACUGAAGUGCUGUAUGACAUUGAUAAGUGUAUUUGAAAAUAUUGUCUAAUAUGCAGGGCAAGAUGGAUCAUUUCACAGCAAAGGAUGAUCUGUGCCUGUUUGUGUAGUACUGGAGAUGAAAUACUGUGUUGUCCACGCACACAGAGUAUACAAAUAAAUGUUGUGUGUCAACAAUUUGAUUGUGGAGACAGUAGUCACCACUCCAUAGUUUUUAGCUGAAGUAGACAGUGGACUGGUUUUUUGAUUGAUUAAUGUAAUCUAGUAAAAAAAAUUCAGAAGUGUACGACGUAAAUUAUUUAGAUGUCAAGGAUUCAAAAAGUCUAUGGUUUUCACAAUUUUAAAAAAUCCUUCUGAAUUUUUGAAUGUUUACAUAUUUUUAAAGUUAUGCACAUCGGACUUGUCGUCAGAUGCAGUUGGCACAAAUAUACAUUAUAAUCUGACAAUCCAGAUCCUGCAAAAUAAAGUUUUGACUUUAAAAAAAUAUUUCUAGCGCUUACGGUUGCAAAGUUAACUUUCUAAAUGUGAACUGAUAUAACGCCAUCUUAGACAAAAGCGUAUGAGGAAGAAUGGAUUUGAUUACAAUUUUUUUGGCACCUAAAACAUCAGAUGAGAAAUGGGCUAAGGGACCUGCAGGAUCUAUAUACUAUAUAGGAAACAUAAAUAUAUAUACAGGGUAUUUUAGGUCUCAAUUUUACCAUAUGUUAGUAGCAUUAAAAGGACAGCAUUAUAAAAUACUGUUUAAAAAUAUUUUUACUAUAGCACUCAAAAUAUUAUAAAACAUGUAGGAAGAUCUUACAAUCUGACAACCACCAUAGUGCAACUACGUUUUCAUUGCAAAUAUCUGUGACAUGCUGAAUAUUGAAAAUCAGGGGCAGUCAAAUAAAUGUGAACAUUUAACAUCAAAAUAAAAGCACAGGGGCUAAUGGAUUGAUUGUAUUAUAAUUUUUUAUAUUACAUUCAGCAAAACCCACUAUUUUUAAAAGUUAAUUUAAAGCUGAGGCAGAAUUUCCAGCCUGUUGCACUGAAGUGCCACAGAAACCAAAGUUCUUAGUGCAGAAUUUUGAUCCAGCUGGGCUUUGAUCUGUAUAUUUUUACACAUGGUUACCUGUAGAAUGUGAAUGAUCCUGUAGAACAAAUGCCCCCCUCCCAAAAAAACCCCCAUGGGCAUUUCAGUACACUGCUAAUGUGGUAACCCUUCUGGUUUCCUUUCAGGUUCAUGAAGGCAGGGGUGGCUCCAGGCCCCAGCAGGCCAAGCGCGUGCUUGGGGCAGCAAGCCGCAG